AUCUUAUCACAUUGAAGCUCAAAAAAAGUAAAAAGUGCUACGUAACUACGUACAUAAGUAAACACAUGGCAUGGUUCAGCUCAACAAAUUUCCCACAAAAAAAAAGUCUAAAUAGCUAGGGUACCUAACAGCUUUCCCGUUCAACGUUAAUUCCUCUAUCUGCUUAUCCACCAUAUUACCACCUACCUACCUACCUACCUACAUACCUACCUAGUAGUCCUUCUCACAAGUCUCUUGAGUCUGACGUCCCUUCUUUUUUUGACCCCUAACACAUUCCAAUUGAAACUGGUAAAAUGCCUGGCUUGACCUUUAAAGUCGUCAAUCGGUCCCGGAAGGGUCUGAAAGGACUACCCCCCGCCAUUGAGCUCCCCCACGAUGCCACCAUCGAAGAUGCUAAGAUCGCUGUUGCGAGGGCCAGCAAGGUCUCCGACCACAACCGAAUUGGUAUCUUUGACCCAGUCUCUAAGAAGACCUAUAAAGACAGAAAAUCUCUAGUCCGAGACCAGACUGAGAUGGUAAAACGCGGUGAAUUGCUCGUCAAGGACCUGGGCCUCCAGAUCGGCUGGCGAGUUGUCUACGUGAUCGAGUACAUUGGUCCCCUAAUAUUUCACCCUCUCUUCUGCGGUCUACGUGAUUACAUCUACCCGCCCGUAUACCCUUUGAUCAAGAAUCACCUGCCUCCCUGGGUCCAAGAUACCGUCGCCAGUAAUAGCGGCGAGCUUUCUUAUAUACAAAAAAUCACCUUCGCCAUGGUCAUGGCGCACUUUGUUAAACGCGAGCUCGAGUGCAUAUUCCUACACAAGUUCAGCGCCAACACUAUGCCCUUCCAGCACGUCUUCCGGAACUCCUUCUUCUACUGGGCCUUUGCAGGCUUCCUCGGCGCCCUCGAGAUCUACGCACCCUUCUCACCCGCUGCCCUGGCCCCGGAUACGCUGACCCCCUUAAGUUAUGUUGGCCUCGCGCUCUUCAUCUUUGGCGAGCUUGCCAACUUCAACGUCCACUGGUACCUAGCACAUUUGCGCAAGCCUGGCGAGACAGCUCGCAAAAUCCCCAAAGGUCUUGGAUUUAACCUCGUAACCUGCCCCAACUACAUGUUCGAGGUCAUCGCCUGGAUCGGCGUCAUCAUCGUCACUCGCAGCCCUUCCCUUGUCCUCUUCAUCAGCAUCGGCUGCUCCUACAUGUACUCCUGGGGCUGGGGCAAGGAAAUUGCUUACCGCAAGCAAUUCGGUAGCCAAUACCAGAAAAAGCGAUUCGUUAUGCUUCCAGGCUUACUAUAGAGAGGGGGGACAAGCACCAACUCCCCAAGGCUUGCUCAACAUGGAACCUGUUCUCACAUACAAGUGUAUGAAAUAUGUAAUAGCGUAAUGAAUAGGAUUUUGGGGAUAGUCAUACGUUCUAGAGCUAAAGGCGUGCAGUCAUGGGAAUGAUUUAUACACGUAUCUCAUUAGACGCGGAAUCGGCAAAAGGGGCGUAUUAAAGUGAUCUAGAAAUAGAACUCGUAAUGAAUUAUGUUAUCAAAAACUACGUGGUAUGAAUACUAGCACGAACUUGCUGA